ACCAGGGCUGCUCACACAUUUGAUGAGGAGUUUUUCCUUACUUUCACUGGCAGCAUGGCGACUGACAAAGUGGCACCUUUGGGCUCCAUCGAGAACCCGAUCAAGUGCAGAGGGCAGGAUUUCAAGACUCUCCUGGAGGAGUGUCUGAAGUCCGGUGUGCUGUUUUCUGAUCCAACCUUUCCGGCUGAGCAGAAGUCCAUCGGGAUGCCCCAACAUGACCCGGAUCCCAAAAAGGAGAUUAAGUGGCAGCGACCCAAGGAAAUCUGUGAGAACGCUGUGUUUGUGGAGGGCACGACUGGGACUACGGAUAUAUGUCAGGGCCAGCUGGGUAACUGUUGGCUGCUGGCGGCCCUGUCCUGUCUGACUAUGCACCCCAAGCUCUUUGUGAAGGUGGUGCCACCCAACCAAAGCCUGUCCAAGUCUUAUGCAGGGAUCUUCCAUUUUACAUUCUGGCAGUAUGGUGAGUGGGUGGAGGUGGUUGUGGAUGACAGGCUGCCAGUACGCGAAGGCCGUCUGCUCUUCAGCUACUCUCACACCCGCAAUGAGUUUUGGAGCGCCCUGGUGGAGAAGGCCUAUGCCAAGUUAAUCGGAUCCUAUGGAAGCCUGAAGGGGGGCAACAUUUCAGAGGGGAUGGAGGAUUUCACAGGAGGCAUCGCAUACUCGAUGCAAGUCUCAUCUCGUACCCCUCGAGUCCUCUGGAGGUCUCUGACAGCGGCCCUGUCCAGAGGCAGCCUGCUCAGCUGCUUCAUCCAGGCCAGCAGCUACCGUGACAUAGGUAAAGUGACAGGAGAGGGGCUGAUAAAGGGCCACGCUUAUGCCAUCACUGACACUGACAAGGUGUCAAAAGCAUCUGAUGAGAUUUUAUUGCUGAGGCUGAGGAACCCGUGGGGCUUUGUGGAAUAUCGCGGACCGUGGAGUGACAAGGGUAAAGAGUGGGAUGAAGUGGACAAAGCAGAGAAAGAGCGGAUUAAUCUGAAAAAAACAGAAGAUGGAGAGUUCUGGAUCAGUGCUGAGGACUUCAGCAGACUGUUUGACAUCGUGGAGCUCUGCAGUGUGAGUCCUGACACCCUGGAUGAGGGAAAAACACCCGCCUCUCCUUCUGAUCCUGUGCCUUCAUCUGCCUGGACCAUCAGUGAACAUGAAGGAUUCUGGGUGCCGGGGAGCUCCGCCGGUGGCAGUCGCAGAUACAAACAAACAUUUUGGAAGAAUCCUCAGUUCCAGCUGAUUCUCAGAGAGAAGGACCAGGCCGAGGAGGACGACGAGGACGAGAGUGAGGAUGAUGAAGAUGAUGAGGAUGAAGUGGAGAUGACCCCAGAGGAGAAGAAGAGAGAAGAGAAACAGAAGCAGAAAGCCAGACAGUGCACUGUGCUGGUGGAGCUGCUGCAGAAAAACCGCAGGCAGAUGGAUAAAGUCAACUUUCUCUACAUAGCUUUCCACAUCUACAGGGUUCCUCCUGAGCUCCAGGGUAUGUGUCUGGACCGCAACUUCUUCAUGAAAAAUCGCCCUGUGGGUCGUUCUGGGAAAUAUAAGGCUCAGAGGGGUGUGUGGAGGAAACUACAUCUGGACCCGGGUAACUACAUCAUCAUGGCGUCCACCUAUCGACCCAACCAGCCUGGAGAGUUCUUUGUCCGCAUUUUCUCCAAGAUUAAAAACACUCUGGGGAUUCAGGACUUCACCUGUUCCUCUGGCUUCCUCCCAGUUAUGGCAAGUCCCGUCUCCCCAGAGGAUCAACGGAGAGUUCAGAAGACUUUUGAUGUGGAGGCUGGCCCUGAUGACAGGCUGAACGCCAAGGAGCUCAUGACGCUGUUCAACUCGGUUCUUGACAAAGAUUACCAUCUGCCCCUGGAGACGUGCAGACAGCUCAUCUUUGGAGAGGAUACCAAAGGGCACUCCCGUCUCAGCCAUAAACAAACAGCAACCCUGCUGUCCAGUCUGCGCAAUCUGCAGUCCAUCUUCUUCCAGUUUGACAAGGACUCCUCUGGGACAAUGAGCCCCUUUGAGCUCGGCACAGCACUGGAAGCUGUUGGAAUGCAGUGCGAUGGAAAGGUAGUUCAGCUGCUGUCUGAGCGGUUUGCUUCUGGAGAGCUUCACAUGCCCUUCCACGGCUUUGUGUCGUGUUUCACUAGGCUGCGCACGCUUUUUGCUCUGUAUGAAUCAGAGACCAGUCAAGACGUAAAAGACAGAGGGAUCAAUGCUUGGCUGCUUCAGUUUCUGAUGGUGUGAAGACGCUUUGUGAAGACGAUCUCCACACAGACCCAGCUGAGCCACCACCUGCUGUUGAUUCCAACACGUAAAUAAAAUACAAGCUGUGCCAUUGUUUUAAUCUUGCUUCAUCUCGCACCAUUUUCAUCCUUCUGGCUAUGACCUCGAUGUAGUAUGCAGAGUCCUGGAUGGAUUACUGUACGGGCCACAAAGAAAGAAAUGACUACCAAAGAAAAAACAAAAUGACAACAACUGGCCAGAAAGAGACACAAAACAAUCACAAAGGGAUAUAAAACGAUCUGAAAGAGACACAAAAUGACUACAGAGAUACACAAGGCGAUUAAACAGUCUCAUUGUUUGGAGCUGUUUUGUCCCUUUCAAUCUGUGGCACUUGCUCUUAUUUAGAAAGGGUGAGAGGCCUUUUGCAUGUCUCUGCCCAGGGACUCAUUGUCUCAUAAUCCAUCUACGUGCAAAGUAUGCAGCACCAUCAUUUAACUGUAAUAACAGAUCUGAGUUUUUGUCUUUAUUCCUUUUGUCUUUUCAA